CUCCGAACGUUCUAGAGAGCCAUCGUCUUCCUCACCCUCGCCUUGGUCGCUCCUCUCCACCACUGGCGAGGGAGGCGAGGGAUCUCGUGCUCUCAGCGCGAUCCCGGCCGCUCAUCGCACUCGAUCCAACGGUCGACCCACCCCGACGUGCCUCCCGGCAUCGUUUCCGCCUCUCCGGCGCCCGUCCCCCCGAGGUUUUCGCCCUCUUCCCGGCGGGCUUUGCGUGCUUUGAGAGGAGCAGAGGGCUGGAGAUGUGAAUACAGGGGAAGCAGCCGGGGAAGUAGAAGAAUAAAAGAAGAUUCUUUCUUGUUUUCUCUUUUUUUUUUUUUCUCUCUUUUCUGCCUAUCUGUUGUCUUCGGCGCCUUAAAUUUUUUGCCGGUUUUCUUCCGGCCUGUUGUUGCCGGAAGGUCGAGAACUCGGCGGUUUCUCUCUCGUCCCGAUGGAUGCCGGAAAGGAGACAGAGAGCAACUUGUACGGGGUGCUGGGGCUGAAGAAGGAUUGCUCCGCGACGGACCUGCGGAGCGCGUAUAAGAAACUUGCUCUUAGACGGCACCCAGACAGGUGUUCCUACUCCGGCAGCGACAAGCACGUUGAGGAAUGGAAGAUGAAAUUCCAGGCCGUUCAGGAGGCCUACUCAGAUAAAUCCAAUGUUCUCUUCAACGGAUCUCCUCCAAUUUACUUGACAGUCCACCUCGCACCGACACAAAGAGAGGGAAAGAGGGAGGCAGACAAAGAGGAGGAACAGUUGGAGUUGCGUAAUCAAGAAAAGUCGCAGUGGAUGGUGUGGAGAGAUGGUGGAGCAAGGGGCAGCAGAAGCUGGUCUAGGCUGUUAGGUUGAAGGAGAGUCCAAAAAUGUAUAUGGGCAUCAGACUUUAUGAAGAGCGUCUAGCUUGAAGUGCGAGCAGUUCUUUGCAAACUUUUUCUGCUGUCUUACGAAUUUUGGAGGUACCAUUUUGCUUGUUGCAGCUUCCGCACAGUCGGAGACGGAAUCUUUCUGCUGCAGCUCUCAUGUUAAGUCAUCAGUUUCUGCCUUCUUGGUGUAGGAGUAGACAUGACAGAAUUUUGUCUGUUUUGAAGAUUAACCCUUCUUCGGAGGUUUGCUAACGAUUAAAGUGACCAAUACAUCUUAAUUCUGAAUUGGUAUGGGGUUGUAAUUA